GAACACACGUUUCCUAUAACUCGUUUCUUUCAAAACCUGUGGGGCGUAUAGUACACAGAAUAGAUGUACCUGACAGAUUACUGUAGAUUUAUGGCAUUAUUUUCUUAGCUAUAACGACUUAUAAGCCGUCUGUUUCUGUUUAAAGCUGUUUUUGAUCAGGUUUUCAGCUGAACUCUCACCAGUCUACUCUGGCAAACUUUCACACGAUUUACCACACACUCAACAGGCUGAAUCUGACAGAAGACGUUAGCCAAGACGAACACCAGACAGAUUGUAUUACCAGGGAGCCUUCGGUCUUGCAGUUCCGCAGACUGCUAUUCUAAAACAAUGCCGCCUAGAAAAAAGAGGAGACCUACAACAGGAGACGACUUAUCUGCCAAAAAAAGUAGACACGAUAGCAUGUACAGAAAACAUGAAGCAUCUAGGAUCAAAACUGAAGACGUUUUCUCAAGUAAAAGAUGUUUGGAGUGGUUUUAUGAAUAUUCAGGUAGCGAUGAUGUUGUAGGUCCUGAAGGCAUGGAAAAGUUCUGUGAAGAUAUUGGAGUUGAACCUGAAAAUGUUGUGAUGCUUGUUCUAGCCUGGAAGCUGGAUGCACAGAACAUGGGUUACUUCACUUUGCAGGAAUGGUUAAAAGGAAUGGGUGCAUUGCAGUGUGAUACAACAGAGAAGUUAAGAAAUUCCCUGGAGUACUUGAGAUCUGUACUAAAUGAGUCAACACAUUUUAAACUUAUUUACAGAUACGCAUUUGACUUUGCAAGGGAGAAGGACCAAAGGAGCUUAGACAUUAACACUGCCAAGUGUAUGCUGGGUCUUCUUUUCGGAAAAACAUGGCCUCUCUUUCCUGUGUUCAGUCAAUUUUUAGAGCAAUCAAAAUAUAAAGUAAUAAACAAGGACCAGUGGUGCAAUGUGUUGGAGUUUAGUAAAACAAUAAACCUUGACCUUAGUAACUAUGAUGAAGAUGGGGCCUGGCCAGUCUUGCUGGAUGAAUUUGUGGAAUGGUAUAAAGACAGACAGUCCUAGUACUUAAAAUAUGGCAGCUCAAGAGCCCCCUGUUACCACAGCUGUGUCUACCAUUCAGUUAUUGAUUACUGUUCGUAUCAAAGUGCAUGCUGCUUCUUUGCACUGUUUUCAACUUGCAGAGAACAUUGAUGUUCACCAUGCAGCAGGCCAACUAAGCUUAGUGUGGCAUUGUUCCUUGAAGGCUGUUCUACAUUUUGUAAUUACACUACGAGUUGUUGGAACUGCCAGCAUUCACACUGUGAUGUGUAUAUCGCCAUCUGUAUUUUGUAAAUGUGUAUAAAGAUGCUUCAUAUAUCUAGAAAUACUUUUUUUGCUUGAUACGCAUAAAAAAAUGUAAAAAAAAUUCAGUGACAUUAAAUUUCACUUAGGAUCUUCUACCAGUGCACAUUGUCAAAACAAGAAGUCAAAAGACUUCUGACCAAAACUUUAAAUAAUAAUCAUUGUGUUUAAAUGUUGUACUUUAUUUGUAGAACUAUGAUACCCUUAAACAUCAUAAAUAAUAUUAUAAAGCAGACAGCGACCUCAGCAACCUUUUAAUAUGCAAUAUUUUACCAGGAAACUCUUGACACGUUGCAAAAUAAAGUUGUUCAAACAGACAAAUGUGAUAAAAUAAGUAACGCUGUAAAUGUGACUUGCUAAACAAUUUAAAAUAAAAUUCAGUUUAGUUUUAACUGUUAAUUAUUAAUUGAAUUGAGAUGUGUUUCAUGUGUAAGGUGAGAGAAACAAUAGUCUUUAAAUACAGGGAUAGCGAAAUUUUAUUUUCACAGCACUGCUUCAGACAUGUUAUAAAUCCCAGCACUUAAUAUACACACUAAAUACUAAUCCAUCCACUCAAUCAAAAAUGUUACCCAGAGAUCACUGAUGUAAUGCUUUUCACCCCUCGGUCUUCCACACCAGACAAGAGGACAACACCUUUCUGAAGAAGGAUUGCACCAUCUCCACGUGCAACAGGUGUGUUGGUAAUAAUGCUUUAUUUUUAUACAGUGCCCUUCAUAGUGGACCACCAUC